AUGCUUCUCGACGUCUCAAAGGCGCCGGGCGAGCACACCGCCCUGGACGACAUCCAGGAGCUGCUGAAGGCCGUCGCGUACACCGGGCAGAGGCAGAAGAUCGGCGCGCUCAAGGCGCAGUACAACAACCUCACCACGCUGAGCAUCUCCACCCCGUUGGUGGUGGCGCUGCAGCACGUCACGUCGCUGACGGCGUCGUACAAUUGCCUGAGCACACUGCAGGGUUUAGAGGCCUUUGCUUUCCUGGAGUUUCUUGAUCUGAGUCACAAUUCACUGCGUGUGCUAGACGCACACUCGACUUCCAUCCUGCGCCGGCUGCGGUACCUGCGGCGCUGCGACUUCUCGCAUAACGAACUCCGCCUCAUUGACCUCGACAUGCCGCUUCACGGCAGAGUGACGGAGGCGCCAGAGGAGGAUGACGACCUCGACGCCGUGACGCUGGAUGAGCUCACGGUGCUGAACCUGUCCCACAAUCAGCUCAUCGACGUCCCCGACUUCCGCUGCAUGCCUCUGCUGGAGGAGCUGCACCUGGAGCACAACCGUAUUGAGUGCUUCACGGACCUUGAGAACCGCCUCCCGCUCGUGGCGCUCACCUCCUUGUCGGUGGCCUGUAAUGCACUGCGGACCCUGCAGGACCUCCUUCCCCUUACGGUGCUGGCGGAAACCCUCAAGGAGCUGGCGGUCCGCGGAAACCCCUGCAUGCACAACGGCGCCGUCGCCAAGGGGUGCCCAGUGCGGCCCUGGCUGCUCUGGAUUCUGCCGCAGCUGGAGACCGUCGACGACGUCCCCCUCACCCCGGAGGAGCGGCAGACGGCGGCGGUGAUGUUCCGGCAGCACGGCGAGCUUAGCCACGAGGCCAUAGCAUUGAUGAACAGCCACCAGGAGCUGCAGCUGGAGUCGUACCUGCAGAAGUUUGCGCUCCCGCAGGCGCAUGGCGGGCGGCACACCGCCGACGUCAUGCCGGGAACGAAGAUGGAGCAGCCUGCGGCUUCCUCGCGAGAGACGGGCGCAUCGUUGUCCUCCUCGCUGGGAGGCACGGCGACGCGCCUGCCAAACGUGUCAAGCGCCCCCAGCGUGGCCGCCGCAGCCGCCGGCGAGAGUUCGCUGCGGCCGCAGUCCGCCAUGACAGUUUUGCCGAUGAUGCAAAAGAAACUGAAGCAGCUCUCAAACGUGAUGGAGGUGCUGUGGAAGGAGAGCAUGACGCGACGCAUGUUUGCCACCGUCGUGCUGCAAAAGUACGUGCGUGGGUUUCUCACACGCCAGCGCCUCCCAGCGCCCGUGCAGGAGAGCUGCGCACGCAUUAGAAGUAACCUGCGCCGCGCGUUUCGUAGGCAGGGGUGGGCUCGACAACCGCUGCAGCCGACGGCGACGGCGAUUGUGAGUAGGGGCGAGGCGCACCGAGACAACAACAACAGCAACGGCAGCGACCCUAGUGAGCAGGCGGUGCUGGUGAAGCAGGUGCGAGCGUUGGACUCCCAGGUGCGUCAGAUGUGGGGUCUGAUGGGGGAGCUUCGUGGCAUGCUGAACCAGCGCCGCCGCGCCGCCGCCGUAACGAUUCAAAAGUACUACCGCGGCCACGUUGAUCGGAGGAAGUGGAGCCGUCUCAAGAAGCUCUACGACGAGUUUGUAGACUCCUUGCGCCCGGAGGUGGUUCUGAUACAACGCGCGUGUCGCGGGUACCUGGGCCGCCUGCGGCUUAUGCGGCGCCGUGCAAAAACACUGGGGCUGCGUCUCCUGCAAGCGGAGGUUGUGGAACUGCGCCGCACCGUCGCGGAGAUGCAGGCGCUUAUGGAGCAGAGCCGGCGGCGGCAGCGGCUGGAGCGGUACGCCGACCCCGAGAAGGCGAUGGACGAGAUCGUCUCCACGUACACCGCCUCGCGAGCCACGCCCUCCGUUGAGUAG